AUGCCCGCUGUCUACAUCGCUCACUACGGUCACCCGCUGCUCAAAGGGGCAAAGCAUUGGGCAAUCCUCGUUUCCAGCGGCCCCAAGGACUUCAUUGCCUAUCAAAUCACUGGCUCUACCCACACAUACGAAGUCAAGCCGCCUGAAGAGUCGAGGCCUGAGACGUCGAAUACCUACAUGGGGAUGGUCGAAGUGGGCCGCAUUGAAGAAAACCAGCGGCAGGCUUUCGAGCGGAUAGCAUUGGCUAAUCCCGUUACAAGGGGGAGCGUAUCCUGGAACUGCCAGAAUUGGGUCAUUGAGGUUCUGAGCGCAGCGAAAGCGGCCGGCUUGGGCAUCGCUGCCUAUAGUCUGCAGGAGCUCCAAGGUCGGCUGGCGGAAGCGACCAAGUAG